AUGAAGCCUGCGCACGAUGCGUGUGCCGUGAGUCUGCUGCUGUCUUCGAUCAGCACGGGGGUGCCCGAGGACGUGCAGGUUUCUGUGGUGGGGCUUGCGACGAUGAUCAUCGCCCGCGACAUCAACGCUUGCGAACAGGCAAUCCUGGAAAACCAGUACCAUGAUGGGGUUGUCGUGGAUGGCGACAAGCCGUUCUUUCUGUGGCGGACUUUCGCUGAUCUGGUUUCAUCGAGGAAGCGCGACUUGCAGAAGGCCACGGCGCGUUUUCUGAACACGCUCUUCUGGAGGCUUCCACAAGACACGAUCGAGCUCACCACGAAACCUCGUGGACAGAGUUCGGAAGAGUACUGGAUGCUGCCCCGACUUCUCGAUGCUCUCGGACAUCCAGACGACGAGGCUGUCGAGGACCUCCUGCAAGUGCUGUCGCCCCUCGCAUCGUCUGUGCAAGCCGUGAAGAAGGAGGACUUGGAGGAAGAGUUCGCUCAUCUCGUGUUCGUCCCGCAGAACACCCUGCAGCGAGAACGAGAGACUCCAGCACAACGGCUUCUGCGUGAGGCUGCUGGGAUGAUCAGCGAUGGCGAGCGGGUGAGCGUCUGUCUGCCAUGUCUUGUUGCACUGCACCUAAUCGAGCGGCAGCGCGCGUUUCGGGCCGUUCGGGACGAAACGCCCUGA